AUGUCAAAGAUGAAAAUAAUUCACUCAUUUUUCAAGAGAAAAGAGAGAAUAUAUGAUGAACAAAAUUCAGCUUCAGAUUCUUUGAGUAAUGUUCAAAAUAUUAUUGAACAACCUGUGACACAACUUGUUGAGCAAGAUAUUCAACCCCCUGCUUCCAAAAUAACAAAGACUGAAAUAGAUCAAGUUAAUAUUGAUACAUUGAUGCGUGAUCCCAGAAAGCGUCCGCAAAUUUGGAAUUAUCCUAUCAAUCAACAAGAUGAAAUCCGUAGAGCAUACAUAAAGUUUGGACCAUAUCAAUUUAUUAUGGAUGAGUACCCUCUUUCUGGUCUAGAAAGUCAUCCUCGUCGUUUCAAAGCUCAUUGGUUUAAGAGUUUUUCUUGGCUAGAAUAUUCGCCAGAAGUGGAUGCUGCAUUUUGUCUUCCAUGCUAUUUAUUUUCUAGAAAAUCAAGUCCAUUCACAUCAGGAGGAUUUCGCAAUUGGAAAAAAGUGAAUAAUGGAAAGGAUUGUGCAUUUUUAUCUCAUGUGGGUAAAUCUCUUAAUUCUCCUCAUAGUAUUGCUGUUAAGUCUUGUAAAGAUUUGCUUAAUCAAUUAUGUCACAUUGACAAAGUAUUGGCUAAGCAAAGCUCACAACAAGUUUUAAGCAAUAGAUUGCGUCUUAAAGCCUCUAUUGAUACUGUCAAAUGGUUAACGUUUCAAGCUUGUGCUUUUAAGGGACAUGACGAGAGUCCUUCUUACAAUAAAGAAGUGGAUGCAGUUGUUUUGGAUAAUGCUCCUCAAAAUACAAUAUACACAUCACUUUCUAUUCAAAAGGAAAUUCUACAUGUUUUUGCUAGAAAGGUGCAAAAUGAAAUUCGCAAUGAGAUUGGUAAUGCAAAAUUUUGUUUGAUUGUUGAUGAAGCUAGAGAUGAAUCUAGAAGAGAACAAAUGGCACUUGUUGUUAGAUUUGUUGAUAAGCAUGGAUUUGUCAAAGAAACGCUAAUAGAUGUUGUUCAUGUCAAAGAUACUACUUCUGCUACUCUAAAACAAGAGAUUUGUUCUGCAUUAUCUCAUCACAAUCUCAACAUUCAAAAUCUAGCUCUUGUUGCCGCGGCUAAAGAAGUUGUUGAUGUUCAUGCUUUUUUCCAAGGUUUGAGUAAUAUUAUCAAUGUUGUGUGCUCUUCUUGCAAACGCAAUGAUGAAUUACGAUCUGCUUAUGCAACUGAAAUUUCCCAUUUAGUUGCAACUAAUCAAAUUGAAAUAGGAAGGGGAGCAAAUCAAAUUGGCACAUUAAAAAGAUCAGGAGAUACUAGGUGGAGCUCUCACUUCAACUCAAUUUGUAGCCUUUUACGUAUGUUUGGAGUAACAACUUCAGUUCUGGAAGAUUUGGCUACUAAUGGAUCUACAUAUUCUCAACGUGGUGAUGCUACCUAUGCUCUUUGGUGGACGAAAUUGUGA